AUGGCAUUUUUCCACGCUGAACUUGGUUUGAUGAACUGCUCAACCAUCAUCCAGUAUUGCCCCUCAAAGCUUGCUACAGCAGCAGUCUAUGCAGCCCGAUGCACUCUUAACAAGACUCCCCUUUGGAAUGAAACUCUUAACCACCAUACAGGCUACAGCGAAGAUCAGCUCAUGGAGUGCGCAAAACUCUUGGUCCAAUUCCACUCUGGGGCAGCAGAAAAAAAGCUCAAGGCAGUUUCGCGAAAAUAUUCAAAUCCUGAUAGGGCUGCUGUUGCUCUUUUUCCACCAGCAAGAAAUCUAAUUCUAGCUUGA